AUGCGUGGCGGAAUUGCUCAGCAUGCACAAAGGCUAGGAGCAAACAAACAAACACAAACCCAUCCCUGCCCCAUUCCCUCAUCCUACCCUCUCCCCUAUUCCCAAGACCCAUGCCCAUCUGCUACCUCCCCCCUCCCUGCCCCAGUGCUGUGCAUGGCACACUAUGAAAGUGGCUUUGACACCUCCUUCGUGGACCACAAUCCUGACGGCAGCAGUGCAUAUGGCAUUUUCCAGCUGAACUCCACCUGGUGGUGUGACAGUGGUGUUACACCUACCCAGAACCUCUGUCACAUGGAGUGUCAUGAACUGUUCAACCGCCAUAUUCUGGAUGACAUCAUGUGUGCCAAGCAGAUAGUGUCCUCACAAAACAGUAUGAAUACCUGGGAUUCUUGGAGCCAGCACUAUUCUGGCCAUGAUUUAUCUGAAUGGCUCAAGGGGUGUCAUAUAUAUGCAAAACCUUACACAACAGAAAUUAAUUCAUGA